UCCUUUCUGAGGUGACAUCACAGGCGGACGAUGACUGCUUUCUCCUUCCCCGCGGCCUGCGUGGGGCAGAGACCAGAGAGAGGGAGAAAACACUCGCCCUUGAAGUUCGACGCUCGGUCAUCCGACAGGCUGUCUGCCGUCCAGGAUGGAGCACUGUGUGCAGAGCCUUGGGGCUGAAGAGGGCCGGAUGCUGUGUGCUCGGGCCUCCUGAAGCCACACGGUCAUGGCCAUGCCUCCCACCUGUCUCUGAGCCUGUGCCGUCUGCGAUCAUGACCACACCCAGCUCCUCCUCCAUACCCGGGCUCCGGGCAGUCCCUGGUGAGACACUGGCGGUCCUUGGGACUUGCUGGGGAGCCCUGCUCCGUGGAACCGAUUCCUUCCUCCUGGAGUGCGUCCAGGCUGCCCUCGGAAGGCCACGCCCCCUUCCUGCUCAUUCUUCAAGGGACAACCAUUGCUGUCAGAGUUAGUUAAUCUCUGCAGGCUCCCUGGCUCCGUUCAAUGCCUGCAGGGGAAGUAACAGAUCUCAGAAAAACCUCAGUGUUUUUUUUGUUUUUUUUUUUGGUUUGAGGGUUUAUUUUUAAUCCUGUCAUAGUGAGAUAAACUAGGUGAAUAAAGCCUUCUCUUCUGUAUUAUAACAAAUUCAUUCAAGCCGACCUGGGGCAGAAGCAGUCACACAGGCCUCCAGGAGACGGGCGUCCUCUCUCCUGGCUUACCUGGUGCUGCUUGAGGGAGGCAUGUUCUCUCCGUCAUCACCACCCGCCGGGCUGCUGGAGAGGGUCUUCCGUUACAUUGACCUCCACCAGAAUGAGUUUGUGCAGAUCCUUAAGGAGUGGGUGGCUGUUGAGAGUGACUCCGUGCAGCCCGUGCCCCACCUCAGGCAAGAGCUCUUCCGAAUGAUGGCCCUGGCCGCGGACAAGCUUCGGUGCCUGGGUGCCAGCGUGGACUCCGUGGACACCGGUUUUCAGCAGCUGCCUGAUGGUCAGACUCUCCCAAUACCUCCCAUCAUUCUGGCCGAACUGGGAAAUGAUCCAAAGAAACCCACUGUGUGCUUCUAUGGCCACUUGGACGUGCAGCCUGCUAGACAGGAAGAUGGGUGGCUCACAGACCCUUAUACACUGACGGAAGUGGAUGGAAAACUUUAUGGACGAGGAGCAACAGACAACAAAGGCCCUGUUUUAGCCUGGAUUAAUGCUGUGAGCACCUUCAGAGCCCUGGAGGAAGAUCUCCCCGUGAAUAUCAAAUUCAUCAUUGAAGGGAUGGAAGAAGCCGGUUCUGUUGCCCUGGAGGAACUGGUCAGGAAAGAAAAGGACCGGUUCUUUUCCAACGUCGACUUCGUCGUAAUUUCAGAUAACCUGUGGAUCAGCCAGGGGAAGCCGGCCCUCACCUACGGCACGCGAGGGAACAGCUACUUCAGGGUGGAGGUGAAGUGCAGAGAUCAAGAUUUUCAUUCAGGAACCUUUGGUGGUAUCCUCCAUGAACCAAUGGCUGAUUUGGUCGCACUUCUUGGCAGCCUGGUGGACUCGUCUGGCCAUAUCCUGAUCCCUGGAAUCUAUGACCAAGUGGCUCCUCUUACCGAAGAGGAGAGAAAAAUGUACAAAGCCAUUGAUCUGGACCUGGAAGAAUACCGGACUAGCAGCUACGUGAAGAAGUUUUUGUUUGACACCAAGGAGGAAAUUCUCAUGCACCUGUGGAGGUACCCAUCGCUGUCAAUCCAUGGGAUCGAGGGCGCGUUUGAUGAGCCUGGAGCUAAAACCGUCAUCCCUGGCCGAGUUAUCGGAAAGUUUUCCAUCCGUCUGGUCCCUCACAUGGAUACGUCUGUGGUGGAAAAACAGGUGAAGCAGCAUCUCGAAUAUAUAUUCUCCAAAAGAAAUAGCUCCAACCAGAUGGCUGUUUCUAUGACGCUAGGACUACAGCCGUGGAUGGCAAAUAUUAAAGAUAAUCAGUAUCUUGCGGCAAAAAGAGCCAUCAAAACAGUGUUUGGAACAGAGCCAGACAUGACCCGGGAUGGCUCAACCAUACCGAUUGCCAGAAUAUUCCAGGAUAUCAUCCAGAAGAGUGUGAUGAUGCUCCCGCUGGGUGCUGUUGAUGACGGGGAGCAUGCUCAGAAUGAGAAAAUCAACAGGUGGAACUACAUAGAGGGAUCCAAGUUAUUUGCUGCCUUUUUCCUAGAUAUGGCUAAGCUGCAUUCCUAAAGACAGGGACCUUCCAGCUUGGAGCUGACCUACUGACAGAUACCCUCCCCUGCUGCUCUGGAUAGGAGUAGAAUCUGAAUAUCCAGAGAACCUCAGUCCAGGAAAUAAUGUUUUCCCUCGUACUUAAAAUGUCUUUGGACAUUUGGGCCAGUGAUAAAAUAUUUUAUAGGUGCAGACAUUGGAAAUGGUAUACCACCCAGUGGCACAUCUCUCUGAAGUCACAGCUACCUGCGACAUCUCCCUACGUCCAGCUGUAGGAGGCCCGGGAGUGGACUCACUCUUUCCUUGCAUCACACGGACAGUUCUUCCAUUAGACCCUCCGGGCACUUGGAGGGGCCUGAUCACUCCAGUGUGCCUUUAGGUCCUGGGGGUGCUCAUGACAUACUCAUUCCAUGUUUAUAUACCCUUGCUUUUACCACACAUUCCUUUUACUCGUACAACUGUUGGUCCCACCACUGGCUACCAUGAUUUCCCUGUGUGUUCAUUUCUAGAGGGGUAACUAAAGCGCGACGCCCUCUUAACCUUUUGCUUCCCCUUCGUUUAUUUUGCUUUGUUGCUUGGAAAGUUCUGAAACAGAAAUGGUUAGUAGUUUUAUCCCUAUGCCGUUUGGGAUUCCCUUUGUGAAGAUGAGUACUUUUCUUUCUUUCUUUCUUUUUUUUUUUUUUAAUAUUUUUAUUUAUU